GAAAAAGCUCGUUAUUCACAAUUUCCCUGGUGACGCACACGGAUUAUUUUGCUUUCCCCAUCCAACAACACGCAGAAUCAGAGUCUCAUUCUCACACGCACCUCUUUUCUUUCUUUGUUCUUCCUUCACGAGCGAGAGCUAACACUUGAACACACAGUAACGCAGAGAGUAUGAAGAGGGCAAUUCAUUUUGUUCUGCUACUGUUUUUAUCUCUGUUGCUUUAUUCUUAUGCUGAAGAAGCUUUCGAUGUGCGCCAACACGUCUCUACCGUCACCAGAUACGGUGCUGUGAAAGGAAUUGCUGAUAAUUCCAUUAUAGCUUCCAAUAUUCCCGACGGGUGUACUCCUAUCCACAUAAAUCUUGUGGCAAGGCAUGGAACUCGCUCUCCCACUAAGAAACGGAUAAAAGAGUUGGACAAUUUGGAAGCUCGUCUGGAAGUACUUCUAAGAGAUGCAGAAGAACGGAAAUUGUCUUUACAAAAAGUUCCUUCCUGGAUACAAGGAUGGAAAUCUCCUUGGAAAGGAAAGCUGAAGGGUGGAGAACUAAUUAGCAAGGGAGAGGAAGAAUUGUAUGAUCUUGGAAUCAGGAUUAGAGAAAAAUUCCCAGAUCUCUUUAAUGAGGAGUACCACCCCGAUGUUUAUACAAUAAGGGCAACUCAGAUUCCUCGGGCAUCAGCUAGUGCGGUGGCAUUUGGAAUGGGGCUUUUUAUCGGGACAGGAAGUCUUGGACCAGGACGUCACCGAGCUUUUGCUGUUACUGGUGAAAGCCGUGCAAGUGAUUUAUUGCUAAGGUUUUAUGAAUCUUGUGAAAACUACAAGGAUUUCAGGAAAAAGCAGGAGCCUGCUGUUGGUAAGCUUAAGGAGCCUAUUCUUGAUGAAAUUACCUCUUCCUUAGUGAGUCGUUACAUGCUGAAUUUUAUGAGGCAAGAUACUUCUUCUCUCUGGUUUUUAUGCAAACAGGAAGCAUCUUUGUUGGACAUAACUGAUCAAGCUUGUAGUCUUUUCACCCCUUCUGAGAUUUCUUUGUUGGAGUGGACAGACGACCUGGAGCUGUUUAUAUUGAAGGGUUAUGGUAAUUCAUUGAACUAUAAAAUGGGAGUGCCAUUACUUCAAGAUGUUUUACAAGCCAUGGAACAAGCUAUCAAGGCUCAAGAAGAAAAACAUGCUCCUGGAAGUUAUGAAAAGGCACGACUUCGGUUUGCACAUGCGGAAACUGUUGUUCCCUUCUCAUGUCUUCUUGGACUUUUUCGUGAAGGAUCUGGAUUUCAACAAAUACAAGAAGAAAAAUCCUUGGAACCACCUCCAAAGCCACCCCAACAGAGAAAUUGGAGGGGUAGCGUUGUGGCUCCUUUUGCUGGGAAUAACAUGCUGGUUCUGUACAGCUGUCAAGCUAACUCUUCAAGCCAGUACUUUGUGCAAGUACUGCACAAUGAAGAUCCCAUUCCAUUGCCAGGUUGUGACAGUGAUUUCUGUCCAUUUGAACUUUUUAAGGAAAACAUAGUUUAUCCUCAUCUAAAGUCCAAUUAUAAUCAAGUCUGCAUGGUAAAGCGGGAAGCACCAGAGCAGAAACCUUCUAAGUUAUCACAGCUUUUCCAGCUCUUCUCGUUGGGGAAUGAUGGUAAACAGACUCACAAAGAUGAAUUAUAGUUACUUCUUCAAGAAAGGAAGGAAAUAUUCUUAUUUUCUUUUUCCUUGUUGGCAUUGCCUUCAUAACAUGAUUUUCAGCGACAGCCGGCUCUUCCUUCUAGCUGAGUUCAAUUUUGGAUGGCUUCCAUUGCUAAAACAGAAAAUGCUGUGUCAUGACUUGAUUUUGCUAGUUUGAACCAUAUUCCUGAUCCAGAAGUUUUUAGUCAGGAGUAUUGGAGGUGGGGAGAGUCAUGUUGUAUACUGCAAACACAACAUCACUGAUUUGUGUCCAGUGUUCGCUUGAAAUAGUACUUGGGGUAGUAGGCGUCAUUUUGUAGUUAUUGCUUCAAGUAUUUGUUCUCCAUGGAGAAAGAAUACAUAUGUUCAGUUAAUUUUAUUGGCCUCUUCAAUUUAU